CCCAUACCCACGUGGUUUUGGUGUUUGUCCUUUUAAAUUUACCUUCUUUACAUGGCAGUCCCUCACUCUUCUUGUCUGUCGCCUUAUACCAGUUAACUACUUUAUUCUGAUUGGAUGUCCUAAUGCUUUUAAUGAUCGCGCGUGGCGAUGCCGCAAACGGCGCAUUGCAUGCCGUUUGAUACUCAUUCUAAUACCCUUGUUUGCGUUUUGAUGCUAGUAUAUGUAUUUUUAAUUGAUUGGCUCGUGUGGAUGAGUAUCGUAUCAAUGAAUAUAAAUUUUUUCACAGCAUUCUACUUUUGCUGUAGUCCAUCUGCAUGUUUCAUAUGCAUUGUUGUUCAUUCUGUAUAUUUCCUUUCAACGGCAACACUGCUUUCACCAAGCUCUUUCAGAACCCCCUUAUUCCUGACUACAACAACGAAACCACAAUGCCAACUCAAUGUACCCCUACACCCAAGAUGAACACAAUCCAUCCAAUUCCAAAUAACCCACGUAAAGGCACAAGAAAAGCCAUACCGACUAAGUUAAAAACUUCAAAUACAAGCUGAAUCCC